GGGCAUUCAUUCAUCUGAUUUGAGCUCCUCGGAUUUAAACCAGCUCCCUGACGUAACAUUCGCGUUUAUUUAUUUAUUUAUUUCUUAAUUUCGCAACGACAUCGAAGCUACACUUUCCUCUGGCUGCUUCUAAUAUGACCGCCUCGGUGCCGUAACGUACAGUCACCAGGGGGCAUGCACAUAGUAAUAAUAAUAAUAAUGCAUUUCAGGAAAGUCUGCUACGAAGAGCCUCCAUCGUUUCCACCACGCUUUACGGUGUGAUGGAGAUGUGCGUUUAGGUUCAUGUGUCCGGCGGGUCUGCCCCUGGCUUUUUUUCCGGGGAAGAUCAUAUUGGAUCAUAUUGUUUGCAGGACGUUGUUCCUCCUGCAGCCCCCCCAGUCUAUCCCGACGUAGUUGUGAAUUGAACAUGGCGACUGUACCAGUAUAUUGCAUCUGCAGAUUACCUUACGACGUGACCCAGUUUAUGAUCGAGUGCGAUGCUUGCAAGGACUGGUUCCACGGCAGGUAAGGCCAGAUUGCUCUACGUUGUGUUUUUGUGGCGGUUUGCAUUUGUAGAAAACAAACAAAAAUGGCGAGGUCUCGGUGCGUUUGACAGCUUUGUGGCUCUCAGUCGCCCGUCUACAUCUGAGGAGAGGCCGCUUGGAGAAGAAGAAGAAGGCGGAGUUAAAUAUAGCUGACCGGGGUUGUGACAUUUUUUCGUAAAUAACACUAAAGAGACUAUUAUGGUAAAAAGUUACAGUCGUUAAUGGAGUUAUUUCGGCAUGGGCUUCGUCUAUUAAUUGCGCUCGAUGUGUCUCAAACAUCCCCGCAUAGCCCCAAACUGAACCAUUCCCGUUGUAAUGAGCGGGCGGCAGAGGCAGCGGGGGAAGCCGAGGCAGUCUCGCUGCUCAUUUCUCCUCCGUCCGCCCUCCUUUCUACCGCUUUCUAACCAGUAUUUCGCCCUUAUUGUGUACCGGUGUUGUCACAAUGUCAACAUUCUCCUAUUUUUCACCGACUGUUUCUACAGAGCACGGUUAAAAAUCACGACCGGAGUCUGAGCUCAGCCCCGUACAGCCUUCCUGCCAGGCAGCAGCUAUGGCUGACAAUAGCCCGUACUGGAUGCCCUUAAGCUUUAGUAGGGUAAUAGCACAUUUUCUUUUACAGUCAGUGUGUUUAUCUGACUCUGUUUUAUACCAGAGAUGAGAGCUGUGUAGUUUCGUUGUGUUUAAACGCAGACGUAUCGUCCACCAACGCUAAUCACUUUCUCCGCCGUACAUACGCUGUCCUGCUCUCAGCCAAACCCCUGUUAUCAUCAUGUUUUAUUUCCCUCCUGUUGUUGUAGUUGCAGCUACAGAUCUACCAUUGCACUCCGCUUUGUUUCGGCAUGUUUCAUGCUGCUCGGCUGCUCUCGGGGUGUCUAAUUGGUAAUAGAUGAUUUGUUAAUCGUGUUUCCUUUGGUGAACAAGCCCGUCAGAGCAAUGAAGAGUAUUUACGCGCCCGAACGUUAACCCUUUAAUGCUCCCCCUAGCUGCCCAGACUUUACAGCGUUAUUACAUUGUGUAGUGGUGAAUGAAGUGCUAAGGAUCAGACAUGACCUUCAGUUUAGCAUCAGCAUGAACCAGAUGAACUGAAAACAGCAAAAAGGACAGCAAAUGUCAGAUAUAUAACUGAAUUUCAUGCAGUUUCUUUACCUCUGUGUAACAUAACCAUCAUCAUCAGCCUGAGUACCAUGUCACACAUAAAGUAGGAAGUAGGAGAUUCAUGUUAAAAUAUUAAAAGGUAAAUAUAGUAGGAUUUAUGGAUUUUGCAUCCUUUCACUUCUCUUCUAAACUGUACUGGCUCAUACAUACACUACAUUUGUUUUUCAAAAUGGUUAAAGUAAUAAAACAAAUUACAUAUCUACAAACUGUAGGUCUGUAGACAAGACCGAUUUCAUGUUGAUUUUAAAUAGGCUUCAUGUACAGCGGAUGUCUUCUAUGCUGUCUGAAGUCAGGUGUGAUAAGCUCUACAACACCAGUCUAUUACACCAAUGGAAAGUUAACAUGUAAGGGAAUAUUGGGUAAUCUCAGGUAAUAUUUUGGGGAAUUUAUUUGCUGUAGAGUCUCACAAAAUAAUCUGGCACCAGUUUCUCUUAGCACCAGUCAAGACUAAUCGUAAGCUUGUAAAAUUGUGACAAUGCUCCAAAGGUGACACUGCAAGCCCACUUUUAACAAUAUUUGCCUCUCCUCCGCUUCUGACACUAAAGAAAUGGCAUCCAGUUCAAUUUGUAUUUCUCAUUAACUAAACUAUCUUUUUUGGCAGAAAAGCUAUAAUAAACCCACUAAACAGUUAGCAACUAAGCUAGCUGUUAUAUUUUUCAUGUUUGUGUUAAAACAUUGUCUGCAACAUUUUUACUAAUUUGACUUUAAAGUAAAUUGAAUACACAACAAAGACAAGAUAUUUAAUGUUCAAACUGAUAAACUUGAUUUUUUGUUUGUUUGUUUUUGCAAAUAUUCACUCAUUUUGAAUUUGAUGUCUGUAACAAAAAGUUGGUUCAGGGUUAACAAAAGACAGGAAACUGAGGACUGCUCCAAAAACACCUGCUUGGAUUAUUCCACGGGUGAACAGGUUCAUUGGAAACAGGUGAGGGUCAUGGUUUGAUAUAAAAGAGCAUCUCUGAAAGCUCGGUGCUUCACAAGCAAGGAUGGAGCCAGAUUCACCCCUUUGUCAACAACUGAGUGAGCUAAAUAGUUAAACAGUUUAAGAACAAUGUUUCUCGAUGUACAACUGCAAGAAUUUAGAGUUUGAUGGUUUACAGCCCAAAAUAUCAUCAAAAGAUUCAGAGAAUCUAGAGAAAUCUAUGCAGGUAAGCAACAAGGCCCAAAACCAACAAUGAAUAACUGUGACCUUUAACCCCUCAGGUGGCACUACUUUAAGAAAAAAAAAAAAAACCCUACUCUGUACAGGAUUUUACCACGUAAGCUCAGGAGGACUUCAAAAAACCAUUAACAGUGAACAUAGUUCAUCGCUACAUUAGACAAAGACAGAUAUUAAUAACAGCCAGAAACACCGCCAGCUUCUCUGGACCUGAGCUCAUCUAACACAGAUUGACCCAAAGUGGAAAAGUCUGCUUUGGUCUGACAAGUCCACAUUUCAGAUAGUUUUUGGAAAUCAUGGACAUGGUGUCCUCCGGACUAAAGAGGAAAAGGACCAUCCAGACUGUCCUCAGGUCAAAGGUCAAAGCCAGCAUCUGUGAUGGCCUGGGAUGUGUUAGUGCCCAUGGCUAACUGUCACAUCUGUGAAGGCUCCAUUAAUGCUGAAAGGUACAUGCAGGUUUUUCCCUUUUUCAGGGAUGUCCCUGCUGAUUUCAGAAAGACAACGCUGAGACGAAUUCUGCACGAGUUACAACAGCAAAGCAUCAGAGUCAAAGAGUCCGUGUACUAGACUGGCUUGCCUGCAGUUCAGAUCUGUCUCCCAGUAACCAUGCGUGGAUCAUUUUUAAGCAAAAAAUACCACCAUGGAGACCUCUGAUCAGCUGAAGUGGUCCAUCAAUCAAUCCUGUUAAAGAAUUCACCUCUAAAGCUUCAACAGUUCAUGUCCACAGUUCACAAAGGCUUACUGACUUUUGUUAAAGGAAAGGUGAAGUAACACAGCCGUAAACAUGACCCUCAAUCAGCUUUAAGGAACGAGUUUCAGACAUCAAAUUCAAAAUCAGUGAAUAUUUACAACAAAUAUUUACAACAAAACAAUCAAGAUUAUCAGUUUGAACAUUAAAUACCUUGUCUUUGGAUUUACAAAUCAUUGCCUAUUUAGUUUUAUUCACAUUUUACACAAAGCUCAAACUUCACUGGAAUUGAGGUUUGUGAAAUGUCACUCUACCUACACGUACCUAUUGCAAUGCUUAAUGCUGAUAACAGUGCUUUGUUAUGUAAAACAAAUCUUUAUAUGAACAAUAGAUCAUAAAGCUCAUAAAAAAGUGUAUUAUGUACAAGUUUGCUAAAUAGUAUACUCAAAUAUCAUUUAUCAGAUCAUAUCUAGUUCAACCAUACAUUUCUAGGAAAAGGUCAAAAAUAUGAGCAGAGACGAAAGGAAGAAAAAAGUUAAUCUCACCGCAUAGCAGCCUUAAGUGCUUGAUUGUGAUUGGCCUUUACAUUAUGACAGUUUAUAGUUACAGUCAAUUAUUUAUUGAUAGCAGAACAUAUUUAUGAAGAACACACCACUGAAAUGUGUUUCAAAUCACAGACUCUGACCUUAACCCUAUUCAUGCAUGAACAGAGGGAUGGUUAAGAUGAUUAGACAAAAACAGAAAAAAAGGGUGGGUCAAAAACUAGAGACUAUAACAGUGAAACCCACAAAAUUAAAGAUGGUUUCUAAGGUAAACACAGUAAUGUACAUGUGUUAAAUUGACUGAAGAAUCAAACAUUGUCACUCUUGAUGGUUUUGAUCAAGAAUAACUAAUUGAAGAUUUAUUGAUACUGCAUCUUCAUGACUGCAAGCCUAAAAUGACAGCCGUGUGUCGUGUCUUGGUUUAAGUGCUGACACCAGCAAUCAGCCGAGGCUGUAACCCUGAUUUACUGUAUAGUUCCUGCCAUGAUAUGUUAAUGCUCCACUGGCAGGAUGUAAACAAGUACAGGUGACAUUUUGCGGUGCAGCGUGGUUUUGCCAUAUUUUGACUGAGAAAAUGACGAUAAAGUUGUUGAUAGUGCCUAGACUGGCUACCACUCGACCAUCACAGGGAUAUGGAAAUUUCUAGCUCUGCCACAUUUGACGAACAUAGUAAAAAGCAAAUUUAUUUAAAUUUCAGUAUGAGCAUUUAUAUCAGAAAAACCUUCAUUAUUGCAAUAAAUAAGGAAACAAGAUCAGCUUUUUCCCUCUAUUCCCUCAUAUUGUACCUGGUAGAUGGAAGGCUAGCUUUCAUAACCAUACAUUUUUUUAAGCCCGUUGUGACGCAGCCAGAUGGCGCAGCUAACCUCAGACUAAUUGGUGAUAAUUUAGUGAUCUUGGAUAUAGGGGAAACGUGCUGCAAGCAUGGGUAAUGUUAAACAUGAGGGACAACAGAUUUAAUAUAGAAACUGAGCUAUUGAAGCACACAGGAGAAUGUGAAGUGAAUGGGUUGUCUCAAGGACCUGUUAUCCCUGAGGAACAACUUAAUUCCAGAUCAUAUGUCAAGACCAAAACUUCAACCAAAAACUGGAGCUCUAAAAGUGGCUGCAUGAGGCUAGCUCCAAAUGCAAGUCAGUCCCAAAAAAAUGCAAACUAAAUGUGUUUAAAUGUGUUCAAACUUAAUAAGGGCUAAAAGCUGAUCGUUAUGUGGGGUGUGGUUGUGUUCUGGUGACACCAGCUGUCUCCUCAGACAGCGAACCUACAGUCUGGGCUGUGUUUGUGUAUUUGGUGCCUUUAGGGAUCUAUUUAUGCAAAUAUCAAACAAAUAUUAUGACUCCCCGUGCAGUUUAUUGUACUGACAGACCAUUCAAGAAGUCUGCACUCUAGUUUUCUCCAAUGAUGAAAGUCUAGUAAUAUGAUAGUCACAUUGAUGUGUAACAAAUCUCACUUGUUAGCUUUUACAGUGUUUGUCUUAUUUUGGUUUGUAUGUGGCAGAAGGGGCAUUACAGUCAGGGGACUAUCAUUGGAGAAGUCAGGCUGACGUAUAGAUUGUUUUUUUUCAGGAAUCUGGUUGGCGCUCAUUUUGCAGAUGAAGUCCUCUAUGGGCCACGCUUUCUCUUACCUGCUUUAGUCCAAUGAAACAACCUCAACUGAACCCCACAACAGAAUCCCACUCUGUAGGGAAUACGUUUACUAGCUCAUUAGCUAGCUUAGUAAUUAGCCACAGGCACACACAAUGUAACUUUGAUGACUUGGUUGGUGUUGACCAGCUCUCACGCUUCACCCUCUCAUCUAAAUAUCCCCUUUCUUGUGCCUUCAAACAGAGAUUAUGGUGACCAAAAGGCCAAACUUAGGGCUCACAAAUAGCAGUUUAUGAAACAGUGAGGGAAUAUGUGUCAGAUACUAAAUGUGCUUAAAGGUGUGUAUCCCUUUGUUUGUAUUGGGGUUCAUCUGCUUCUAACAGUGAGACAAAGACUGGUAAAGUAAACAGUCUUAGUGCCAAGCUUGGUUAAAAUAUAGGUCAGUCAUAACUAUCACACAUCCUGCUGAAAAUCCUGUUUCUCAGAGAGUUUUUUUCUUAGCAUGUUGGACUGUCGAUGUUUGUAACAUUAAAUCCAACUACAAAGUACAAUAGUGACAUGUUGUAGGUCAACCAUGUCUUCAUAUAGGGACCAUUAAUGGCCUAAUGCCUUAAAUGCCGAAAAAUAACCACUGCUGUUUGGACAGCAAGAGCAUAAAUCUCAUAAAGCUUGAGAGUCACUGCUGUUCUCUGCUGUCUUUUUUCUCAAUACCAUCAUGUUAACAUGAGAUUUUGGUUCUUGUGAGUCGGGCCUUGUUUGUUUUGGCAUGUUUUCUGUGUGUUUUUACUCUGAGAGAGAAGACACUGUCAUGAAGUCAGUCAGCUACUUCAGCAUAAGUAUGCUUCAGGUUACUGUUUAAAUGAGACCCAAUAUUAUGAUUUAAGUAAACUAUAAUUCAGAAAUGAGCUCCAUCACAAGACACCUGCAGAUUAAAAAUGCAAAAAAUCAGAUAUUUACUGCGACCGUUACCUAUGGCCUCUUCUUGACCGACAGUCAGUGGUGUUAUUUCUGAACAGAAAUUAAAAGUGCACGAUCUAAGCGAGUCUGUUGAUUCAGCACAGUUUGUGUUGUGUCCAGCGGAGUGAAGGAGAAACAGCAUGGCAGGCUGUUAACCUCACAAACCAAACCAGGCUGAAGAAUCGUUGUAAGAGCCGCUGUUAGACCAGUGUGUUGGGCUGAUGAUGCUCUCCUCAUAAAAGUUGUAACAGACAGUUAAAGCAGCGUCUGCCUAUGUUACUGUCCACUCUAAUGUAUCCUAAGCUGACUGCAGCCUUGCAGGAGUUUUGUAUUGUGUCAAGAAUUGAAAAAAAAAAGAUUAGUUUCAUUGAAAAACAUAAAUCCAGCAAGGUUUGUGCUUAACUCAUAGAAAACUAAACUCAUGUAGUCCUGUUAUGUGUGAAGGUAAACUAUCUAAGACGAAUUAGGGUGUAUUUGCAGUAGCUGCUCUCACAGUUUAACAGUCCAGGUUGUUUGAUUGUAACAGGACAGUAGCAAAGUUUUUAUCAUCACAAGACACUUAGUAGACAUGUUCAGGCAAUGUUGACAGUAAUAUUUGUUCACAGGGGAUGCCAGUAAUAGUUGAACGGCAAGUUUCUCACUGGAGCUUUAAGUGUUUGUCUUUUUUUUUUUUCAGAGUGAUAACCCAUUUCAGGGGCAAAAAGCAGGUCUAACCACUGACUGAAAGCUUUGUCUUUCUUACCUCUAUGGGAACCUGCCCUACAGCAAUACACUGUCAAGCUUGCCCUGCUGGCUAGCUUGUGUCAUAAACCUAGUUACUUCAGGUGUGCUGUCCAUUGAUGAAUUAAUUACAGAAUUCGAGUUGUUAAUUGAAAUUAAUGACAUUUUAACCACAUACAUUCCUCUGCAUUUUGAAAUAGUUUAUUAGUAACAAUGUAAAUGUGUUCUAACCAGUGUAUUUAACAAAUGCAGUGAAAUCAACUUAAUGACCAGAGCGGCCUGAAGCCAUAACCCAGAAGGAGGAGACAGCUUUAACAAGUGUAUUCUGUCAAAUUUAGUAGCACAGUAAGACAAAUUCAGGACUGCAUGUGCAAAAUGUCAAAUGUACAGUGAUUUUGACAUCACCUUGAUUAAUUCAUGGUAUCUAGUGAUGCUUAGUUAGAGCAGAGUUUCCCUUUGGUUGCUCACUCUGUUUCCUACAGGUCUGAAAAGAUUCCGGUCUGAAGGAAUUUUCUCUGCCUCGAGUUCUCGUUUGUGAGCUCAAAUCGUCACUGUUUCGCACAAAUUAUUUUCAAGGUGACACAACACGUCACCAUGGAAGAAGGAGGAGUAAGCACGGUUUUGGUGAAAAAACUGAAUGAUAAGAGGGGCUUUUCUUCUGCAGAGCUCCAGUAGCUCAUUAGCAAUUCGCCUCUGAGUCGUGGGCGGAGAUAGCGCUCCUCUGCACACUCCUCUUAAUGCUACUGCAGCCUUACAUUGCCGGUGUGGUAGCAGUAGCAUGCAACAUAGGAGCUAUUCAGCUCUCAGACACUAAUGUCUUCAGGGACAUAAUGAAAGCUAACAUCAUAAUUAGCCGUCUUACGAGCAUUGCAAUCUGCUAACGGACACGCUUGUUCCAUGACUGUUUCGUGAUAACUGCAUUUUAACUACAAAAAAAAUGUGUUUUAUCUGAUUACUUGAUUAGUCGAUGGAAUAAUUGGCAGAAUACUUGAUUACCAAAGUAUUCGAUAGCUGCAGCCCUAGUCAUGACCAGUCUUGCCACCUGUUUAGUAAGUGCUGUAGUUAACCUGGAAGAUUUAAUUCAGCAACAGUUCACACUCUCUGAAAAAGCGCUCCCUCAGGCUGUGAUGCGGUCGUCCCCUGACACUAGCUGCACAUGUAUGCUUCGCUCGUAGGUGCCAGCUCAGACUGAAAGAACUUUGAUGAUCACUUGAUUCAGUUUGACAUAUUUUGACUCAUCUACUGAGCCCUCUGGGACUUUGGUAAAUUAAAUGUGCCAAUUAGAAGUAUUGAGGUUUAAUUUUCCUAUCACAGCAGCAGCAGCAGGAGGCAAGGAGAGGAGAUGCUGUGAUCCCUUUAGGGUGCACUAAGAGGAACAAUAUGUUGACAGGCAAGGGAAACUAAUGUGCUUUCGUUGAACUGAAUACAAUUUCUAGAUUCUGUAUACCGGCAGUACUGGACAGGUAUUAACCAAAAAACCCAUUCAGCUAAUCCACAUGAAGUCUAACUGAAGCAAUAGAGACUGUAGUGAAAGAGAAGCAAUGAUAAACACCAAGGAGCAAGAAAAAAAAAUCACCAAUACAUUUAAAUGACUGCUUUAUUAAACAGUAAUUCAUGAUAGGAAAGGAAAGCUUUUCAGCAGACUUAUCUGAGUCAUAUGAAGUAACUGGACUUAGUCUUUCUGGAUAAUUCUCAAAUGAACAGAGGGAGGCUAGCUGCUUUCACACAUGUUAAACAGAAACAGUGCGAGAUGCCAUUGAAGUAAUGAAGUUUGAUAUAACUUUUUAGGUGUUUUUUCCAAUCAGGAUGAGUGUUGCAAUGUCAUUUAGCAGAUGCUUUUAUCCAAAGCGACGUACAUAUGAGAACAAGAACAACACAAGCAAAGAUCUAGAUGAGCGGAAACAAGAUCCCAAGAUAGAAAAUCUGCCCCCCCAACACGUAAAGCCUGUUUAUUCAGUCAGAGGGGCAAAAAAACUGGCUGCCCCAUUAAGCAACACUGGAAACACAGAAGUUCUUCCUUAGACCACCACUAGUAACAGAGUUGAUGAAGACCAGCAUCAAUGGGAAAUGUUGACAUUGUGUUUGUUUCUGGAGGAAUACUGUGAUGUGAGUAUGACCAUACUGGUCAUUUUUACUUUAUAUCUGAAUAAGUAGACCAAAGGCUGUUUCCUCAACCUGCAGACCUGUUACUUCAGACCUGUUCUCUUAAAGGCACUAACAUAGUCUAGUUAGCAACUGUGCAGACACAAGAAGCAGAGAGUCCAGCCAGGGCUGGUCUACCAGUUUUUACCCUUUUUGUUAAAGCCAAGCCAAGUUCAUCAUGAAGGAGGCCUUGGCAACUGUGCUCAUAUAAAAUCCACUCAUCCGUGUUUCUGGCUAAGUGUGACAUGUUGGAAAUAUGUAAUACUGGACAUAGGUCCCAGUCCAAGCGCCACCCUUUAGACUUUAACAGCAUUUUAGUCAGACUUAUAACAGUGAAAUGUGGUCAGCAGAGCUGUGACUCAUGAGGGCAUGCCCGACUCAUGCAUGCCUAACAGACAGACCCUCCCUGGGCUUGGUGGGUGUGAGAAGAAGUGAGAGAAGGAGAAAAGCGAUCUCUAAAACAAAAUCUUUUCUUUCUCAGGCACUACCCAGAAGCACGUCAAGGAAGAGAUUAAAAGUAAAAGCAUGAUUUCACCAAAUUGGAAAGAUAAAAACAUCAAUCAAGAUCCAAAAGAUUGAAAACUCUCAGAUUCUAUAAAAAAAACAUCUUAAACCAAAGUGAUCAGAUAAGGGAGGAAAGACUGUAUCUGAGUCUAGCAGUCAGUAGACUCACCGCUCUGUUUCAGGAUGGUAACGAUGUAUCAUGCACCAUGGAGAGAUCCCAAACCAUAGGCUUCCCUUUGGGUCCAUGAAUCGCACAGGUGGUGGUGGUGGUGGGGUUGUUGUGUAUAGAGCUCUUUACUAUUUGGCGAUAUGUCUUUCCAGAUGAAGUGCACGUUUAUACAGUGGAACCUAAGACCUUUUCUCCCAAGAUACUAGCAAUUUUAUGUCAUUUUGUUUUGUUUACUGCAAUCUGGGACUCACCUCAGAGAACCAUCACAGUGAUAGAUAGACCCUGGAGAUCUGAGAUAGAUCACACACAAAGUACAUAUGAGGAAACAUGGCACAGAUACUGGACUCAAAACUUUUAGAUACAAUCCCUCAGCGCUCUCUUUAUCUUCUCUUUUUUCAGGACUGAAUUCACGGUAGUAGUUAGCUCUCUUUUAGAUGACGGUGAAGGGCUAUGAAAGGUAGUAAUUGGAGGGGAAUGUUAACCAAUCUGUUAUUAGCAUUUACCACUGCACCUCUGAGCAGGCAUGACUUAUCAACAAUACAAUGUCAUUGUAUUGGUUUCAUACAGAAAUUUGAAAAAGGACAUACAUCAACAAUUUCUUUCUCCCACAUAAAUGCCCCCAAAGCCUAUUAUUUUAAGAUGCCAGACUGUAGAAGAGACAGAGAAAAAACUACAGCCUUUGAUAAAAAAAACAAAACUGCUCAGGUUGGGUCAUGGAUACAUUAAAACGAGUGUCUCAGUGAUUUUAGGUCUGAAUAUGUUUUAUGAGGAGCAUAGACACUUAAAAUGAGGUGAGCUGGUUGUCUGCUCUUAACCUUUCACACUCUUUCUACCUUUUGAGCCCGUUUUGAUCAAAAAGACAAAAAUGAUAUGAGUAAUAAUGCCAUAAUUAGCAUUCCAAGAGGUUGUGUUUCAUUUAUUUAUUCAUAAUUUAUUCUAUUUUAUCUUUUUUAUUUAUUUUUUGUCAGACAACUUCAGGUUUGAUUAUGGAUGUUUAGCAUUCAAUAGCAGGUCUACUGCAUGUCCUGUUUAUGAUCUCUUUAUUUGUUGGUUAAUAAGUGCUGUUUUUUGUCGAGUAUUUCUUUGAGGGGUCUUUGUGACUUUGUCGUUCACCCCGACAUCCCACCACCUCUCUCAGCAUCUUCAUCCUGAUGAAGAAGCAGAUGUGGUUGGGGUAAACCACAUAUACAGUCUCAUUCACUGUUGUAUUGACUGUUAAACUUUGAUAACUCUGUUGGCUGUUUGCUGAUACCUCGCUCCUCUCACUUCUGGUUUCUGAAACCAGCAUGGCCCUGGCUCGGUGCCAGACUCCAGGCGUCAUUCAGGCAGUUGAGAAGCCAUGAAUGAUGUUACUACAUUUGUCACUGUGACAGACCGUGGUUUUGAUUUAAGUGUCUGUGACAUCUUUUCAGACAGCUGAUCACACACAGUGGAGCUACAGGACAUUUUUUUUGCCUGUGCCCACGGCAUUUUAGAUGAAUAUGUGAGAAAUUACAAAACAACUGCUCUGCCAACGAUCAAAAAGGAAAUACUUUUUUAAUAGUCGAUGACUUUUCCCCCUAACGGUCCACUUUUAAUCAAACAAUAACACAUGUCAGUUGAGAUGUUUAGGGUGAUGGUCCCAUCAUUUUGGAGAUCAGGUCCAUGCAGCACUAACUGAAACAGUAAGGUACCGUAAAAAACAGCUGUCUUCAUAGUAUUGAUCUUUUCCUCUUACUCGUACCAACAUCACUAUGUGUGUGAUUUUUAUGUGUGACAAAUCAUUUUAUUAACAUAUAUCUGACUCUCUGUUAAGAGUGUUUAGUGUUACCGUAGCAACAGCCUGACAGUAACUCAUGCUGCAUUCCAGUUACCUCGAAAGUCAGAGCUGGGAUUGACGUUACACCAGAGUUGGCGGCGUUUCAGUAAACAAGUUGGAAAACCAAGAUGGACACCGACUGUUAGCCGUUGUUAGAUGUUUUUAACAAUUGUCAGCUGUUGUUAGCUGUUGUUAGCGGUUGUCAGUUGUUGUUAGCUGUUGUUAGCGGUUGUUAGCUGUUGUCAGUUGUUGUUAGCGGUUGUCAGUUGUUGUUAGCUGUUGUUAGUUGUUGUUAGCUGUUGUCAGUUGUUGUUAGCGGUUGUCAGUUGUUGUUAGCUAUACCAGUUGUAAACAACGCAUAACACAGUGUUUUACUCUUACAAGCACCAUAGCACCGUGUUCACAGUUAGACGUUGGGCAGUACAACAUUAACCACUUAUUUAAUUUCACAAAAGCAAAACAUAAGUGAUAAUAAAUAAUACAUUACAAGAGCUUUUACUGUUACUCUUUACUGUUGAUGCACUGUGCUGCCAUCUUGGAUUAUUACGUUGUGGUCAAGUUGUGGUUGGUGAGGAUCGUCCGACUUUCCGAGUCGGAAAUCAGACUUCAGGACGUUCCAGAUGAAUUUCCGACUCAGAAAUCCUGACUUCCGAGUACAACUGGAACUCAGCAUUAGUGAGUUUAAAUAAAACUAAAUAAAUAUGAAUAAAUGUCAGCAUUUUACUUCAUCCAGUUUACUAAGAAAUCACUUUAAAUGAUUGGCCUUUAGAUGUCUUUUUUUUUUUUGCUGUAUUUGUCUCAACCGUUGUUUUUCUCACUUUGUAACCUUCUUAUCCUCAAGCAUGCUGGGACCAAGGGUUGAUCAAAUGAACAUAGCAGUGAGAGCUUUAGCCUCUAUGUGGGGUUCCUUCUCUACCAACUGAGCUCAACUGAGCCUCCAGUAUUUUAAUUUUCUAUUACAUUUUAAUAGGACACCAUUGGUCACACUUUAAAAACAAUUAGAGCGACAUCAAUUUGUUGGUAUUAUCCUCUGAAAUGGACUCAGCGUGACCACUUCUCUCCGGUGUUGCUCAGCCUCAUACCCAGACCUCGUCUAUCUGCUCAGAGAGAAGAGUCCUCCUUGACAGACACAACUGUUUAGUGUGCUUAAUUAUAGCCUGUGGUCGGCCACUAAGAAAGUGUAUAACUGCUACAGUACUAAUGACUUAAAUAGCAGGCGAGAGUGGAUAAAGCACUGUACCAGAUACAGAAUCUAAAGUGAGGACAUUAGUUAGUAAAACUUUUAGUUUGUUAAAGUUAUAUUGUGAAUCCUCUUCUUUACCAGUGACGUAAUAGACAGACACCUGCUGUGCAGAAACCUUUUUGACUGGUUUUCUAAAGCACCUGUAUCUUAACUCGGUAACUCUGCAGCAGAGCAUCAUCCUGUUAAACCUCUGUUCUCUCUUCUCCUGUCACUGUGAUCACCUGUAAUCUGUGCAACAGCAGCUGCUCCCUUUAAGCGCAUGCCAGGCUGCCAACAGUGUGGUUUAGCCAGAGCGUGAUUGAUUCAGUCCACCGUAGGUAAGGAAACAGAUAAUCAGCCUGUUGACGAUCACUUAAGGCCAUCAGAGCCACAGACAUGCAGGUUCUUUAGUAACAUGCCUUUGUGAGAUGUCAGACAAUAAUUAACAGUAACUAACUAUAGUCAGAUCUCAUCACCCUGUGCAUUCAAAUAUAAUGUACCUAAACAGAGAGGGAGCCAUGCUGGACUAAACUCUCUGAAGGUAAUAUGAGGAAAUCAAUCACUUCUUCUUUCUGACUUUAAUUCAACUGGAUCAAAGAAAAUGUAACGUUCCCAGAUGAUUCAGCUCAGUGUCAAAUCUAACUUUUAAGGUCCUUACACACCCGCGCCGACGCGAAUAUAGAACGCAAAAUUACGAAAUAUUCAGAGGAGAAUUUGACGCCCCUGACUAUACAUAUCAAGCCCGAUGCAAUUUUGCGACUUUCCGGGGGGGAAAAAGAUGCGUCCCAGGUGGAAGCGAGAAGACUGACACAACAGCAGACUGACUGUUUUUCAGUUCUGAUUAGACACUAGUGUUGAGAUGGCUGUCAGUCAUGAUAGCAUGUACUGAGUCGGGGCCAGUACCAGAUAAGAACAUUAAACUAUAAUCCAUAAACGGAAGGUAACAACUGAGACCUAAUGGUGCUGUGACAGCAACGCGCUUGAGUUUGAGACAGUGAAAAUACAUAUGGUAUGUUGUAUCUGAACAGGUUAGCUUACAAGCUAAAGUUACUUAGCACAGAUGAAAGUUAAAACAAAAACAUUUAGCAAACUUAAAGCACACAAACCAUUGUCAUAUGAGAAAUCCGACGCUAUGACUCUCCACAAGUUGUCCUCUAGGUCGUUAUCUUUGUAAUAUUUGUGUUUUUUAUCAAAAAGCACUCUGUUCUCCAACACGUAAACAAUCAGCCAGUCGGCCAUGUUGGAUAUACCGGUGAAUCAGACAUCGCAACAACACGCAAUCUGAUUGGUCAGAAGUGGACACACAGUAGGACCGGAAAACGUCGCUGAUUGACGUCCAAAAUAAUCGCACGACAAAAACGCUCCUGGUGUGAAAGGACCUUUAAUCUUUUGAUCUGAACUUUGUGUACAACAUUGAUUCAACAUGUUAAGUGAAAUAAAAUUGUCAAAAGUUGGUUAGCUAAUGUGGAUAGAUGCUGCUGAAGUUUGCUGGCAUAUGAUGGCCUGAUCAAGAUCGUUGUCGACAUCUCCUGUAUCGUUCUUCUGGUUAACAAGCUCAAACUGUGCGGUAAAAGAUUAAACAGUAUGGUGGGAAUACAGACCCAUUUUUAUUUGAAUGAAAGGGGGUCAGCGAGGCAACGCACAAUUUGUCAGUCAGUGCAGAUUAUAAAUGAUAAAAAGAGAAAGAAUAACUUGUAAACAUACUAAAUGUGUCAUGUAUAGUGUGAAGAGGCUGAGGUUGUUUCGAUCAGGAGAGAGAAGUUUCAGAAUAAAAGGCUUUUAUUACACCAAUUAUCAGAAUAACCUUACUCAGCAGAAAGUCUUGGUCGAUUGGACUCUAUGGGGAGAUUUUUUAAGAGGUGGGAUGAUUGAUCCGAGCAGUAGCAGGAAAAUCCCCCAUGGAGUCCUUACACCGAUGGCUUGCUGGGACCAGAUGGAGACGAUACAUGAUGUACGCAUAUCGCAUUCAGUUAAAAGCUUACUUUCCCAAUCCCUGGACAGAGGCCAAUGUUGGUGCACACAAGAUAAAAAUGAGUGUUUUUAAUGAAUCCUGGCUGUCCUGAGAGAGAAAGACACUGUUAACCCUGAAGCAGCUCUAUGUUGUUGCAAACUGAUGUUAAAGUGUGAAAGAUGUGGUAAAAUACUUCAUGCCUGGCUUUAAACAUAAGACUGACAGUAUUGUUAUUAAAUUGUUGAAAUCACGAUGUUUCAGACAUGAAGUGUUUUAUUUGCAGUAUGUGUGGCAGAGUUAUUUAACAUGUUUUUGUUGAAACUGUAGAUUAGGGCUGAACCGUUUUGGCCAAAAAUAAAAUCCAGAUUUUUUUCCCUGAAAAGUCAAUUUUCAAUUUUCGAUUGCGAUUUUUUUACCCAGUGACAACUUCACCAAACUUCACUUUAAAAAUAGUAAGUUUUUCUAUCAUCUCUCAAAACAAAACCACUGAAAACGAUAUAGCGCCUAUGCCAAGCCAGUAAGCGGCGCCCUAACGUUGCUGAGAAAAUGCACAAAAGACAGAAGAGUACAGAGCAUAUAAAGGUUAUUUUGGCCGGACAGGCGCAGGCAACAUAGAGGAGUUACGCUGUGUGUCACAUAAUCGUUUCGAUAGAUGCAGAUAGGCAUCCACGCAGAGAUGAAAUGGUGGUCGUUUAUGAAUUUAUACACUCUCUGACCCAUUUUAAAAUAGUAUAGUUUACAGUCACUUGAAAACGCUGUUUCCGUGUGGAUGGAAUGCCAAUGCAACAAAAAGCUUUUGCGUUUACUCCUGAAUUAGUUUCUGUGUGGACACGUUGAUAGCACCUUCAGACAGACUUUUUAGCAGGGAGUGGCUUUCUCUUCACACGAAACUGCAAAGCCACACCAAUCCCACAUGACUGACUUGCUCUUGCGACCCUUUAGCCACAAAAUUAUCGCCUUCUUUUGCAAACGCCAUGUUUGUUUACACUGGUGUGUGGGGGAACUGGGGAGCGCUCCUGCUGGAAGGGGGAGCCUAUGGUGGCCUAGAGGUGUGAGACAUGAUAGAGAGGAAAAUCAAUUUGACGAUUUUAAUUUUUAAAAAUGUUUUAAGAUCGUCUUAAAAAGUAAUCCAAUGACGAUUUAAAAUUGAUUAAUUGUGCAGCCCUACUGUAGACAUUUAGACCUGAUCCUACAACGGUACAAACUAUGAGAUAAUGGAGAAGUUGUGAGACAGUUUUCUAACCUUUCACACAAAGAAGCUGCAGGUUUUUUAGUGAGGUGAAAAAAAGAGAGGCUAUAACUUUUCACAGUUUAAGAUUGACAUAAAAUUUUCUUACAUAAUGCAUGUUUGGACUGGAGAUUCAGAGUUUAUUAAGAUGACAAACUACAUUAUCUCUUACAUUUAUGGACUCCCUGCUAAAAAUGUAUGACGCAGUAACAUGACUAUCCUUCCGUUUGUGGUACAAGCAUUAUGUCUGUGAAUCUACGGCUGUAAUCUAUUUAAUCUAUGUAUUUAAAACCUAUAAAAAUAGCUCUAGUUUACUCCAAAGAUAGUAAAAAAAUGCCUCAACCAAGAACAUAUACUUUGAGAUGGAAUAGUAGAACAUCAUUAGAUCCUGUCUCCUCAGAAAACAGCUGUGAAAGCUCCGACUACUGAGUAAAAUAAAAAAUCAUUACCUUCUUUGUCCUGUUUUAAAAGCUGUCACUGAAACUGACAGAAAUUGAAAACUAGCUGCACAUUUCUUGUGGAGUAGAAACUUUAUUAGCUUCUCUCCGAGUCAUGGAGUUAUGGAUGUCAUGAACAGGCAUUUCCACUAUUUCCAAAGUCCCACCCACUCGUGUGUUUAUUUGCCUUCAGUGAAAGCGAGGAGGCGGUGGAGUGAAGCUGCGGAGUUCACAGAGGGAAUAAAAGAAACAUUCUGGGAAACUCCCAGUUCAUUUGAGUUUGGGAGCAGCGGCUCCAAAUGGGAGGAAUUUGCUUGUGCAGAGAGCGUGACAGCUGUUGUUUGAAACAGCAGGAAGAGAAGACCAUUCAGUGUUUGUGUCUUUAUCUGCUGUCCACAAGGCUGCAGUCAUUUUCUGCUUCACUGCCGAAGCAUUUCUGUCUCACUACAACUUCAUCACUCGGAGCAAACAGCCAGAGAUGUCACAGGGGUCAUGAGUUAAUGCUUUCCUUUGGAUUCGAGGUCAUAUUUGAAUCACUGAAAGGUUUAUGAGAAAUAGAUGGUAGUGUGAUACAAAUUAAUUAUAAUGUCAUUGCAAAGUGUUCAUUGAGAGACUAAAACUAACUCAGCAGCCACGCUGUGAGUCAAAGCGCCAGGGAUUGGAGGUGAAUUCAAAACCACUUUUUGGUCACCUCAUUACAACCCAAAAAAAUCCAUUUAUAAUUUUUGUAUAAAAUAGAAGUUAUUUUUUCAACUUUAAAAAUUAGCUGGUUUCCAGCCUCUUAACCCUCCUCCUGUGUUAGGAUCUGUACCGAACCGUUUUUGUUUUUAAAUGCUCAAAAGAACCACUUAAAUAAGUUUUUUUGCAUCAAGACUUUUUGACUUUGUCAGGAACCUCUAUUUCAACAAAAUAAAAAAAAUUAAAUUGACUUAAUUAUAAAAUGCUCUUGAUUAUAAAAUGCUCUUAUUAAAAUUAUGGCACUUGUCGCUGUUGAUCCAUCAGAUCAAUAUCUAAUAAUUAAAGCAAAAACUGAAAUCGUAAGUGUACUGUCAGGCACCACGCUGACAGUCAGAUCUCUUCCAAUUAUGGGAGAUUGAGGAAAUUCUUAUUUUUCCAUGUUUUUCCCUGCACAAAAAACAACAUCGGGCAUGUCCAGACAUGUGAGAUCAAUUCAGUAGAUGUCUGUGUGAGGGGUAUACUGACAAAGAAGGGCCCAGAGACCCACAACAAUAACUAUUAGAGGAAUAUUUUCAUAGAUAAUGAAGCCUAACAAGGAAACCUAGAGAUGAGAACCAAAUUGGAUAAUAUAGAAUUGUUUUUAGUGUAAUUUACAGCAGAUUUAAGACAUCAGUCAAAAUCGACCCUUAACAUGGUGGGUGCGUAGUAAAAGCUAACACAGGAGGAAGGUUAAGCCAGAUGUUUCAUCUGAAUUUUGUAGCUGUGUUCAUUUAUUCAUGUCACCUAGCCAUUCACUGUAUUAUCCACUGUAUUUGUAUUAUUGCAUUUGUAGUAUUCAGUAUAUUUUAUCCUACUCUAAAGCCUGACCAGGGACAAAGAAUGCAAAUUAGAUGAAGCUAGACGUCUUCCAUGCAUCGCAUUUUCCAUUUUACAUGGCAAUGUUGCAUUUAUUGUCCCUGUUAAAUAAACAUUGAAUAAAAUAAAUAAAUAAAAUAAAACAAAAUGUUACAGCUGAUUAGAGCCAAAGAGCAGAAUGACCAUGACUUAAUUACUCACAAAGCCAUUGAUACACAUACAUUCAUUCACUAUUUAUUACUUCUUCUGCCAUUUAAAGUUGAAGAGAAUACUUUUUGACGAGUGCAAAGUAAAAAAGUUUCUGAGUGCACCCCUUUUGGAAAAUACUCGAGAGUUGUUAAAUACGUAAUGUCAUUUUUUUGUCUUGAUUAAGGCUGAUUAAUGUUCAUACUGCAGAAAAUCAUAAUAAACAAGAAGCUCGUGGACCUUAACCUUCUUUUUAAAAUGGCUCCUCUCAAGUUUCAUUUCUAAUCAGAAAUCUUUUUGUUGCUGUCGUUUCAGCUGUGUCGAGGUGGAUGAGGAUGAUGCUCCUGAUAUCGACAUAUAUCACUGUCCAAACUGUGAGAAGACUCACGGCAAAUCCACCUGUAAGUACCUCCUCAAACCCUCAGCUGACUCAGAAGCAGUUAAACAGCUGCCUCCGUUACAUGACUGUUUCACUUUGCUAACCUCAACUUUCACUGUAACUAUCCAUCAAUAAUGUGAAAGUCGAUGUUUGAAAAAGUACAAGAGGAUUUUCUUUUGUCUUUCUCUGAAAUUAAAUCGUUGGCUUUGGCGAUGUCUUGCUGCUUUGAAAGGCAUCGCUGCUUGUGAUGAGUGUUUCAUGCUGUGCUUUAUUUUCCUCAGUGAAAAAGAAAAAGAAUUGGAGCAAACACGACACGGGGCAAAGCACAGAUAUCAAAGCUGUUCAGAAUGGCAGUCAGGUUUUCAUCAAGGAGCUGCGCAGUCGAACAUUUCCAAGGUGAGGACUUUUUUAUGUUUGUCUGAUAAUCGACCUGUACACCCACGAACACGAGGAAUAGGUCCUAUCUGAUGAAACGAAGGGACCAUGAGACAUAACAGCCGGCAGUUUUUACCUCGUGGUUCAACACUACACUCUUACAUGCGGUCUGGCUGUCAAUACACUACACUUUAUCCACUGUCCCAAUAGGGGGCGCUGUCUUAUAAUUUAUCAGGGUCUUCCCCUCACUUAGAUGAACAUAAUCACACAUCAUUGUGAACCCCCUGUGUAAUUUUACGCCAUUGGUUUCAGUGCUGAUGAUGUCGUGGUGAAGCUCAGUGGCGGUCAGCUGACCAUGGAUUACCUGGAGGAGAACGGCUUCAAUGAGCCAGUCCUGGUUCAGAAGAAAGAUGGCCUUGGCAUGUCCAUGCCCGCCCCCACCUUCUACAUCAGUGAUGUGGAGAACUAUGUUGGUAAGAGACUCACUCUAACGCUUUCGAUACUGUGGAUACAAGUACAACCCCUGCUGUUAUUAUUACCACUCAACCACAACUGCUGCUAUUUACAGCCUGUAAGGAAAUAGAGUUUUACUUCUGCUUGCUACACUGCUCUAUGUACUGACGACCAAGUGUAAUACUCCGUUAACAAAAGCGAUCACUAUGAUUGACCCUGAUCGUUUACAAGAGAUUCUGUUAGUGGUGCUGUAACUAUCAUUCCUGCUGAUAUUACUAAUAAAGUACAUCUAUUGAAUUUCCCUUUAGGGAUGAAUAAACUUCUUAUCUUAUCUAUUGUUAAUAGAACUACAAAAAUAGUAUUUUGUUUAUCUACUGCAGUAAUUACUAAUGAAGCUGCUGGUUACUAAUGAAAGUGCUACUCAUGAUGCCACCAUGACUCCAGCUCCUAUUAUUAUGACCGCCAUGAUUACUCUGCUAUUAUCCUCACACCUCAUGCCACGAGACACUUGUGUACUGAGCCUUUAAUUCCUGCACUUUACUCUUUAUGGUGUUAAAAUGUGCACACUCUGCUCAAAAAACAUGAUGUUUGGUUUGUUUCGCCGCACUACCUCUUUUUAGAAAAAGAUCUGUUGAUAAAUACAUGUUUCAUUUUGAAUUUAUGACUCAGCUGCUGCACUGACUUUUUAUGUUUUGUAAUUCACCAAAUAGCAAGGCAUGUGUAAACUUCUGUUUCUACUCUGACCAGAAUCCUUGCUGUCAAAUCCACUGCCAAUGUGGUUUCUAUCGAACUUGUUGCACAGCUUAUUUACUGCUGUACUAUUUUUAUUGAUUCAAAGAUCACACACAUUACAGAUGUACUCAAAGUAUCAGGUGCUCUAAUAAAAACAACCCCGUGUUAAAAGAAGAACUAAAACCAUUUUACUGUACUACUCUGUGGAUAAAUACAGCUGUAAAUAACAUCUACCAUUACUCUGAUUAUACAAAAAUAUUAACCUCAGACCAUUUCUGGACUGCCCUCAAAAAAGCAUGAACAUUCAAAGGAGAAUCAACAAACAAUAAUAUUUGCACAAUAAAAUAUGCACAAUAAUUUAUGCACAAUAAUUUAUGCAGAUAAUACCUUCACAUUAAUAUACAAUAAUGCAUGCAUGAACAAGUAUGCACAACAAUGUAUGCACACUUAUGCAUGCACAAUCAAGUAUGCACAAUGAAGCAUACACAAUCAAGUAUGCACAGUAAUGCAUGCACAAUAAAGUAUGCACAACUAUGUAUGCACACUUAUGCAUGCACAAUAAAGUAUGCACAAUAAUGCAUGCACAAUGAUGAAUGCACAAUAAUGCAUGCACGGAAAAGUAGGCACGAUAAUGUUUGCACAAUUAAGUACACACAAUGGAGUAUUUACUAGUAUGAAUGCUCAAUAACAUAUGGGCACUAAUGCAUGAAAGAUAAUGUAGGCAUAAACAUGUUUUAGUUGGUGACCUGCAGUGCACCUCCAUGCUUUAAGACUCCAUUGAUAAAAAUGCUCUAUACUGUUUGCCUUGUCAAUAGGGGGCGCAUGUGUUCUUCAUUUCUCCUGCUCUCUGUCAAUGAUGAGAUCAUUCACCACAUGUCAACAGUGCACUACUACAGGCAGUUUUCUAAAACCGUUUGCCCUUUCUAUGUUUACUCUUACUUGACUUGUUUUAAUGAGUCUUCCUCGUCUUCUGUCAUUGUCUCAGGUCCUGAUGUGGGCGUGGACGUUGUUGAUGUCACCAAACAGUCUGACAGCAAGAUGAAACUCAAAGAGUUUGUUGAUUAUUACUACAGCACAAACAGGAAGAAAGUGUUAAAUGUCAUCAACCUGGAGUUCUCCGACACAAGGUGCUUGCUCUUUUUCUGAUGGUGAAGUUUGACAUGGAGUUACUAAAGUAGGUCUGAAAAACUGCUGGCACUAACUUGGUUUUGUGUUUUUCUGGGACAGGAUGAACAGUAUAGUGGAGAGUCCACAGAUUGUGCGGCGGUUGUCUUGGGUAGAAAACUACUGGCCUGAUGACGCUUUGCUUGGGAAGCCGAAAGUCACCAAAUACUGUCUCAUCUGUGUCAAAGACAGCUACACGGACUUCCAUAUUGAGUGCGGUGGCGCCUCCGUCUGGUACCAUGUCCUAAAGGUUUGUCACACUUGUGUUUAGACUUGUUGAGUCAGACUGACGCUAGAGCAGAAAUAUGUAGCAGCCAGGCCGUGUCAGCUGUCUCUGCUGUGAUUCAAAAAGGAAAUGUGAGAAAUGUGAUGGGAGAUAAGGAAAGUAAAGAUGAUGAUGUGUUGUCCGCAGGGAGAAAAGAUCUUCUUCCUCAUAAAGCCUACUUCUGCAAACCUGUCUCUGUACGAGCGCUGGAGAUCAUCGUCCAAUCACACUGAGAUGUUCUUUGCCGACCAGGUGGACAAGUGUUACAAAUGUAUCCUGAAACAAGGCCAGACCCUGUUCAUCCCAUCAGGUCAGAGCUGCUUCUUGAUGAAGAAGAAAAUCCCAAAAUAAAUUUAUAAUCAUGUGAAAAGAAGUGAAAUGUUAACAAAUGCAUCUGAAAGGUAAAUGAACCUUUAUGAUUAAUGUCUAAGAAUUGGAGAUUAGAAAUUCACAUUCUGAUCCAGACCCACUAAAAACAGAAAUUACGAACAAUUCAGACUGAUUUGUUUUAAUCAAAGUGCCAAUGAUUUUAAUCACGAUUUUAACUUUAUCUCCUUUCAGCUUUUGAGUCUGUGUAAAGUUUAUACUGACAAAGAACUUAGAAACUGUUAUUGCCCAUUAAAAUAUAGUUAAGUUGAUAUGAUGGAGGACACUCGAUCAAUGCUUCAGAAUUCAUGCUCUCACAACCCUCUCUCUCUGGCCUCAUGAACUGAAUGAGUGAAUAUCUGUAAGCUCUAUAACGAACUAGGGGCAUGUGUGAUUUAACGAUCCUAGAUCAUGAAGAAUUUGGCGAAAAAGUAAAAGAAAUACUCUUUAUCUGUUGUGUGUUGUAAAUUAGUUUUAAGUGAUUUUUAUUAUUUAUAAGACUAUAAGACGACCUAUCAUUUUUGGAAAUAUUGACUUUAGUGUGUGAAAUCUUAUUUUAGGUUCAAAUUUAUUGAAGAAUAAGAAUAUUUAGUUAAGAUAAAUGGUAUGCUGUUUGUUGUCAAAAUCUAGAUAUUUUAUUUUAUUUAUUAUUUCCAUUUUUUUAUCGUGAUUGUGAUUUCGCAAAAAAAAAAAAAAAAAGAAAAAAAAAAUUUUGAUGUGAAAUUUUUUCCAUAUCGCCCACCCCUAUGACGAACUAUGUCCUCCUUAGGUUGGAUCAAUGCAAUACUGACUCCGGUGGACUGCCUGGCGUUCUCCGGGCACUUUGUCCACAACCUCAGCGUGGAGAUGCAGAUGAGGUAAGAGCACCUGCAGGCGCUGUUACACUCACAGUGAUCCCUCAUGUCACCUGCUGUCAGUCAUGUCCACAUCUAAGAGGGAUUUUCUAUGAAUUUGAGACCUUCCCUUUUCUGUUUUGGGGCAAAACCCCAUGAUGAUUUCUUUUUGAAUUACCAACAUUCGGGAACACACGCUUUGGUUAAUGUCUGGCAUUACUGUGCUGAAACAUUUUGGUUCAUUCUCCUCAGAGCGUAUGAAAUUGAGAAGCGGCUAAAGGUCAAAACGCUCAACCCCUUCCCUAACUUUGAGACGGCGUGCUGGUAUGUGGGACGACAUCUCCUCGAGCGUUUCAAAGGUGAGCUCUUGACAUCAUGUAUACAUUUAAAGACUUCACUUUGGCUUUAAUAUGCACUUUGUUUGUGUGAACCGACUUGCUUCAGUGUCUCCAGAAGAAUGCUGGAAAGCGGAGAACACAAACUCUGUCAAAUAUGUGUUUUUUCCUAGCCGCACAUUCAGGGUAUGGCUGCGUGUCUGCAGCACAGAUGAGGAGCUGGAUGCUCUAAUAUUAUUUCAGUCAUUAAAUCGGUGAAUCGCUGAGUUCACAGAUGAUUAGCUUCAAAAGGUUUGGCUCAGCUAGAAUCACUUGCUCCAUUACAAGCCUGUGUUUAAACUUCCCUCAGCUGGCCCGGGCCAAUUGUUUAUGUUUCCACCAUUUUCUGUGUAUGUGUGUAUUGUGUGUGGUACACAUUACUUCUUACUCAUGAGGCCUUGCCAUUAAUGCGCCAUUCUUCCUUUUAACUUCAAGGUUAGCUCCUCCAGUGCAGGAAAAAGAUUCACUUCAGUGCUGCUGGUAUUUUCCCCAAUGUUAUUGAUAAUUUCCUGUUUUGGUCGUAAAUCUGCUUUGGACCCAGCUUUUCUGAUGUCCAAGUUGUCUCCGCCUUCAUGGCUAAAGGAGGAGAGAGGAGCUUGCAAGAGAGUAAAUGCAGAGUGUAAGAAGCAUUAGCAAAAAUGAAGCAGUGGAGCAGUAAAACCAUAUAUGUGAUUGGUUGACAGCAGUAUAGAGCUCAGAAGCAUCAAUAAAAAACAAAAAACAAAAUCUUAAAGCAAGGCUGUGAAAAAAAGAUCACCUCUGCUUUUUUCUGAAACCUUAAUUGAAGAUUUAUGAUUGAUUACUAAAACAUGGUGUCCUGUGUCUGACUGCUGAGUAGGCGGAGUAGUGGUGGUCUAAUCUAAUGUGAUUCUGUACUGGCAGCAUUAUCGGAUGGGGACCAAGGUCAGCUGAGAUACAGUCCUCCUAAGAUCUUUACCAAAAGGUUGUUUCUUUAGAAAAGACACCAAACACAACUCACCCACUCCCCUCCAGCAGCUGCUUGUUUGUGGGGGAGCCCUGACGAGUUGAUCACCGAGUGCAGUGGAUCAUUUCCAUGAAGUAAUCAUCAUCAUAAUAAUCAUUUUGCACUGCAGACACGGUAGUUCUUCUGCCUUAACGUCUCAGUCUGAUUGCAUUUCCGCGAAGUAAUGAUCAUAAAUGUUCUUCCUUGAGCUGCGAAACUCCGCUGCACUUGGUGAUCAACUUGUCAGGGCUGAGUUGUAUUUGGUGUCUUUGCUUAAGAAAUUAUACAAAACUAAAAAGAUGUUUGGUGGCUAGUACUAUGACUGGGACCCUAUAUGUACUGUUGAUGAAGUUAGGUGCUGUUCUGAGCAUUAUUUGUGGCUAUAGAGUGGCUUUUUGGUUGAGGUUUGCGCAUAGAGAUGUAGACCGCUGUGUAUUGCUAUCAUACAGUUGUUACUGAAGUUGGUAUAACUAGAGAAGCAAGCAGUUGGAAACAUUCAUCUCUCGAGGGGUGUCUAACUUGGUGUUAUGGUGUGUUUGACCCCAACUUAAUUUUACGUCAGAAUAUCACUUAUAGUCCACCAUCUGUGGCUUCAUGCAGCACAUCCACAUCCAAACAUUGUACUCAUCAACAGCAGCCCGAACAAGGACUGCACCUUAGACUCGGACUGAUUCAAGUAGAGGCAAAGUUAGCGAACCUCACGGCAGAGGCAGUUGAGCAGAAUAAAGGCAGCUAACCUCUUUACAAAAAAAUAUAUUUCACGUCAUAUUUACAUCACACCAUCGAACAGUAUAAAAGCACCCUGCGAGUUUUUUCUUGCCUCCUGCAAGCCUAACAUGUGGCUUGUAUGGAUCCAUAGACCUGUAUGCUGCUUUGAAGUUUAGGUUCAAUGAAAAACUUGGCUCUAAGUUAAAACCAGGAAGUGUCUCUUAUACAGGACAUGUAAACUUGUCAUUUUGCAUCUAUAGGUGUGAUGUGUUGACCUCUUUUGGUUUCAAAGUCAAGAUUCAUUCACUGACAUUUGCAUUUCUUUUUCUGCAGGUUUACAUAAAGCAAAUAAGCAACCAGCCCCGUACCUGGUACAUGGUGCCAAAAUAAUCAAUGGAGCCUUUAGAGCUUGGACUAAAAAACAGGUUUGGACGCAUGAAGACACACUGAAUGUGACAAUUCUCCGACUGUUCCUUUUUGUGAUGGUUUAUUUUCUAUCUGUGUGUUUGUCUGUCUCUGUGAUAGGCCCUCUUGGAACAUGAAGACGAGCUACCAGAGAACAUGAAACCAUCACAGCUUAUCAAGGAUCUUGCCAAAGAGAUCAGACUGUCAGAGGUAUUUGGAUUUUAUUUUGGUGUGAAUAAAAUGCCAGCCAUUUUCAAACAAGUCAUUUUGGUUUCCCCCUGUAGCUGUCACAGAUGAUUGUUUUAGUGUUUGAGUGCACCGUUGUUCAGUCUUUAUAUUAAUAUAUCCCAGAGAGUUCUAUUUGGACUGAAAUCAGAUCAUUUUACAUAUUCAUGAGCAACGAGAGAUAAUUACUAAUGGUUUUGUCGAGACCAGAUGUUUAGUAGCAACAAGUUUUGCUCCAUGUCAAGUUAGCUUUGUAAAGCUAAUGGCUUCAGAUAAUCACACUUUUCAUUUAGCCUCUGACAUUUUUAGCGCAUGCUUCAGACUUCAGUUUUUACAACAUUACAACUUUCACUCUGUUACUUUUAAGAAUAAGUAAGCGCUAAUAAUGACCCCCAUUGUGCCUAUAUUUGUAUCCACAGGACACACCUUAGAAGUAGGGCUGCACGAUUAAUUGAUUUUAAAUCAUAAUCAGAUUAUUUGAUCAUGACGAUGUUAAAAAAUUAAAAUCGUCAAAUCAAUUUUCUUCUCUAUCAUGUCUCGCGCCUCCUCCCCCUUCCUGUGGGAGCGUUCCCCAGUUCCCACACUCACAGGUGUAAACAAACAUGGCGUUUUCUAAAGAAGGUGAUAAUUUUGUGGCUAAAUAGGACAAGAGCAAGUCAGUCGUAUGGAAUUGGUACUGCUUCGCAGUUUUUGGACGAAGAGCAAACCACUCAAAGACUCAAAGUCUGUCUGACGGCAGUAUCAACUUGUCCACACGGAAACUAAUUCAGGAGUAAAUGCAUGAGUUUUGGUUGUAUUGGCGUUUUAUCCACAUGAAAAUGGCGUUUUGGGUGACUGUAAACUGUACUUUUUGAAAUUGGGUCAGAGAGAGCAUAAAUCCGUAAACGACUUUCAUUUUAUCUCUGUGUAUCUGCGUCUCUCUUGAAACACAGCGUAACUCUUUCAUGAUGGCUGCACGUGUCUCACCAAAGCAACCUUCAUACGUAUGCUCUGUACUCUUUUUCUGUCUCUUGUACACUUCCUUGGCGGCGUUACAGCAUCACUUACUGGCUUGGCAUAUGCCCUACACCAUUUUCAGUGGUUUAGUUUUGAGAGAUGAUAGAAAAACUUUUUAACAAAGUGAAGUUUGGUGAAGUUGUCACCCAAUGAAAAAAUCGAGUUUUCAGAGAAAAAAUCGGGAUUUCAUUUUUGGCCAAAAUCGUGCAGCCCUACUAAGAAGUGAAGCUUCUGUAUUCAGCAAGAGUCAUUGCAGGGUUAAACUUUUUUGUAUUAUCUGAGAGUAUCAGGACAUACAGCCUCCCUUUGAUUCAAUAGAAUAGACAGACAGGCCCACAGGUUUACUAUCAACAUAUAAUCCUCUCUGUACACUGAUAUUUGUUGAAAAAGCAAAGGGAUAUAGUAUUUUAAGGAUUAACACAGCUCUAGACUUUGGUUACACAAUGGUGUCUCACUUGUGAAUUAUUUCCAGAAUGCAACAAAAGCCAUUAAGAGUGAGCCCAGCAUCAAGAUACCAGUGGAGGAACCCCCAUCCACACACUCCGAGCCUGAAGAGCCCGUUUCCCCAGCCCACGUCCCCUCACCAAGCAGAGACAAAGCCAGAAAGAAAACAUCCAAACCCCCGAAACCUCCAAAGCCCCCCAAACCUCCGAAGAUGCCCAAGGCCCCCAAACCUCCAAAGGUGCCGAAGGUAAAGGAAGGAGGAAAGAAGAAAGCCAAGAAAGCAAAAGAGUCGUCACCCCCUCCAAAACCCUCCAGCUUUGCAGCUCUUGAGUCUCAUGCAAAAGACAUCUUAAGUAAAAUGGACCAGCCAAAAAAGACAAAGGUGAGGUGAUGUUAGAAAGUGGUCUUUUUUUGUGUGUCAAACUUAUUUAUGUUUUAAAAAGCAAAAGCAUUUCACGAGACAGAAAAACCUGUUUGCACCACAGGGAUAAGUAGAUGAGGUGUCCAGGUGUUAUUUUACCCGAUUCUGUUCAUUUCCAGGCUGUGAAGAAUGUCCUGAGUAUGGCAGAGAAGGAAAUCUCAAAGCAGAACAGCAUGGAGAAGUUUGAAAUCAGAGAGCAGAAUAAGAACAAGACAGAAGCCAAAUGGAAAUACAAGGUAAGCUCAUCCCAGGUAAAAAAAAAUCUUACUAUUUGAAGUCAGGGCUCUUUGAAAUAAAGCUAACACUUCUCAGACUUUAAACAGUUUAAAAAAAAACUCCUCAGGACCUGAUGUUCCUAGUAAAGAAAGACUCUCAGUUCUGAAUAGAAAAGAGCAGUCUGUUCAUUUUUGGUUUUGAGACACACUAAUUCAAAGCAAUCAGCUGAAAUAAGGAUGUGGCUUCAGUCACACAUUUCUGCCUGUAGCUCAUCAGAGCUGCUCUGGAAACAUCCAACCUCCCUCUGUUUAUUUAUUGAAAUAAAGCCGUGUCCACUGUGCUUCAUCUAAGUAUUUACAUAUGCCUCUCAUCUUUUUUUCGGUUUUAUCAUUAAUGCUGUAUAACAGCGGGGCCUUUUCAUGGAGAAAAAGUGUAAUCUUGUUGAUCGGCAGGCAUUUUAGAGCUUUGGUUUCAUGGAAAAUUUGCUGCCAAACUGUUCAAAAAUGUUGCAGCGACUCCAAGGAUCUCCAUCCCUCUGCUCCUUUGUGUAAGGCCAAACAUUAGCAGAUGGAGUGGAGGAUCACUGAGAUGUUUACUGAGGCCGUUUGAGACCACAUCUUCACUUCAGAUUUCUGGUGAUUCAUAAAAGAGUUCACAGCUCGUCUGAGUAGCUGAAAGUGCACGAAGGCCCCAACUAUUUGUUCCCGUCAAUUAAACAAAAAAAAAAGAAAACAGGCUUCAGAUGAUAUGAAAUGUCAGUUUUAGGUUACACUCCUGAGUCACAUGGCUUUAAUUUACAGUCGAGGAGUUGAGGGGUGAAUAUUUGACAAAGUAUAUUCUUGGAUUUCAGUUAAUUACACUGUCUGCUCAGCGGUGAUUUACAUGGCAGCUGCUUUGCAUUCCUCUUAGGAGAUUUGGUUUUGCUGAAAUUGGGUCAGAAAAAGAUCAUAAGUGAAUAAGAUCUGAGAAGAGUAACAUUAAAACCUUUCCAGUCUUAUUUUCUCGGUUAUACAACCUUAUACCUCUCUAAGGCUUAUGAAUUACAUUCAGAAAAGUGAGUUAAAUUACGAUAAAUGAUAUUGAAAAAGUGAUGUUGGUCAGGUACAAGAAAAUAAGCCAAUAAAUCUGAAAAAAAAUAAUAAUGUUAUCAUGUAGAGACGAAGAGUCUAGAAAGGAAACAGACAGGUAUAAUCUUCACAGAGCGCAGGGAUAAUGUGACGUGUAACAUUGUUACAUCUGCAGCUGUAAAUGAUUUCCAAAAUGCUGAUAAUAUGAUACGAAUGGUGAGCUGAUAUGUAAGGGAUAAUGAAUGGUCAGCAAGUGGUUGUACAAAUUAAAAUACCAACUGCCAAAUGAAGAACAAAAAAUGAUUUAUUAAAAAGAACAAAAUAAAAAGCAACAAAAACUUCCAAAAUGUCCGACCAAAGAAUCCAAAAGGCAAAAUCCAACUGAAGACACUGGGUAAAACAUUACAAGGAGACAACUGGGGACACAAGCAAACGCAUAAAUUAACAUAAAGUGAACCAAAAGAAGAGAGUGGAGGACAGGGACUAUAUACACACACUGGGUAACGAGCAACAGGUGAGGCAAACGAGACACAGGUGAAACUCAUAGGUGAUUAACGAAGGAGGGAAAACUAGGGAAGUAAAACCAGACUAGAAACACAAGGAAUCAACUACUACAAAAUAAAACAGGAAACACUGAAAACUGAUCUAAAGAAUAAAACACAGAGAACAGGAGGGAAACAGGGUCAAACUUAAACUGUAAACUCGCAAGACUGGACUACAGGGGAACAGAAACACAAGAGAAACCAGGAUAAAACUAAAUAAACAGAACAUAUUAUGAUUCCAUCUUGUUGAGCGAGAUAAGUUCACAGCGGAUAUUUAGAAAAAGCAGAUUUUACGGUCUUAAAAAUCAAUUUUGUAUACAACUUCAAAAACAUUUAGAUUCAUAUCAGCCUGGGACAAACAACAUUCAAGUGAGUGUUUCAGUAAAACAGCCGAAUAAACCAAAAACUGAAUAUUAACAUUGAAGUAAGACGGACUGAACAUGACCAAAGCGACUUCUUAACUCAUCCUGCUCUCCUUAUCGGGGCUUUGCAGUUGACACUCUCUUAUAAAUCUAGAGAUGCCCUAGAUUGACAGACUCAGAUUUAGCGCGCUAAUUUAGCGUGCUAACAGAUACUGACGUUUUGCUUCAGUGUCAACAAGCAUGAGAUGAAGUGUUCAGGCUCCUUUGCAAACUAAUUAGAAAUGACAUGUGGGGGUCAGGUUGUCUGAAAACUGUUUGUUGGGUUUCGACCAAUCAGAACGAAGAACUUCAUACAGUUGAGUAAUGAAAGCUGGAUAUCAUCCGUCAGUCACUACAGCCCUGACAUUAUUCCUGUCUUGUCUUCUCACCCUUACAGAACAGUAAACCAGAUUCUUUGCUGAAAAUGGAGGAAGAGUGCAAGUUUGACCGAACACCGCUGUCAGGCAAUAAAGACCGCUUCAGCUUUACUAUGUCCCACAAGAAAAUGCUGGGGUAUGUAUGGAGCGGCUUUGAUUGCAGUCUUUGUAAGGGGAGAGCGUGUUAGCCCUCUCAUGUGGUGUUUAUGAUGGUUAUAGAAAUAUGUGGCUAUCAGCUGUGUAUCCAUUAAAGAUAAUUCAAGGACUUCUCACUGUGAGUGUCUGGCUGAGCCUCCUAUCAUUCUCUUAUUCCCCUGUGGUUUCCUCCUCAGCUCCAAGGCGCUGAAACCGCAGACCAACUCGAGUGUUUUUGGAUCACUACAAAACCUAAAAGAGGACAAAACCAAGCCAGUGAGGGACGAGUACGAAUAUGUCUCAGACGAGGGGGAGCUGAAGAUCGACGAAUUCCCCAUUCGGCGAAAAAAGAACACAGUGAAGCGAGAUCAGUCCUGUAAGUAUGAGGGAUUUAUUCCAUGCUGAGUUUUGGGUCAUUGUAAGUCUAAUCUGCGGUGAGAUAUCAAGUCUACACGGUCAAAUGACAGACUUAUAAAAAUGUAAGCAUUCAGAACCAGAAAGCAGUGAAGGCUUUCAAAUGUUUGGUCAGAUAAUUAUGUUUUCUUUCUCUCUGGAUAAUCAAAGGAAACAUCUCUACUAUGUCUCGACAGAAUAAGCGACCACUAAAUCAACAUAUAUUUCUAAAUAUCUUCAAAUAUGCCUCCUAACUCUUGGCACCAGCAGAUAGUCAGAGUAACACAUUAUCGAGAUACUAAAUGAUGAAUGAUAUUGUUUUUUCAGUUUUGUCAGACAUCAGAGAACCAAUUCAGCCAGCCAAGAAACCAAAGUUCCAACCCAUGAUGACCAAGGUACGUGUCACCUUUGACUCAUUUCUAAACAGUCAAUAACAUAUAGGAGGAUUGUGGUCUAACUGAUACGUGUGUGGCCUCCAUGAGACUCUGACUGUUGUUUUUAGCUCACCGUCUGACUCUGUUUGAAGAACUACGAGCAGGAUUUUUUGAACAGUUCUGCUGUGAUGCUUCGAGCUAGAAACUCAGAUUAGGAGAUCAUGUUAAUGAAUGUUGUGCAUUUGGGGUUUGUCACUUACGAAAGCUCAUAAAGCUGAUGAGGGAGAUAGCUCACCCAUGUGUGUGCGUUUGCCCUGAGGACCCAGAUUCUGUGGAGUCACUCAGGACCCACAUUUAGAGUUAGUUUUAUUGUGUACAAUUAAAGAAAAUUCAUAUUUGUUUAAGUUUAGCUCAUAAAACAUUAAUGUUAAAACCUCAUACCCAUAGAGGGAUGAUCAGUAGGGAUUGUAGAGUCAGUUAUGUAACGCAUUACUACAGCUCAGGAAGACAGAAAUAGGAAACAUAUUGAGAUCAAAUCACUCAAAUCCAGAUGCAUCAGAUUUAAAGUCCCACUCCAGUCAUUUUAUUUUUACUACUUAAGUGUUCUCAGAGGUCAUUUAAUUGUGAUUAUAAAGUUUUCAGCCUAAAUCACGUUACCUGUGUCAUUUUCAAGGACUUUUCUUCUGCAGAGCUCCAGUAGCUCAUUAGCGAUUCACCUCUGAGUCGUGGGCGGAGACAGCGCUGCUCUGCACACUCCUCUUCAUACUAGCUUGUAGCCUAAAAUUACGGGUGUAGUAGAAGUAGCAGUAUUCAGCUCUCAGACACUAAUGUCUUCAGGGACAUGAUGAAAGUUAAUAUCAUAAUUAGCUUUCUUACAAGCAUUGCAAACCGCUAAUGCACACACUUGCUCCUUAAUCGUACUCUCUACUUUUCCGAGUCUGGCCUGCAUAGCGGGGCUUCGGGGGCGGAGCUUGGAUUUGCUAUGUAGGAAAUCUCACUUUGUUUAAGCCUGUCGUUAUGGUCUGCCAGAGAUUUACAGCGAUUUGACUGCAGAAAUACUCAGAAAUGCAAUUUCACACCCACUUUUCUCAUAUGUCCUGUAGCAUCAGAAAAAUGCCAUAUGAACAUGUAGACAACAAGGAAAACAGGAUUUUCAUCAGAGUGGGUCUUUAAAGCAUCUUUACUCUAUGCCUUCUCCUCAAUCACAGAGUGUGGACUCAUCGGAUGAGGAGACUCUGCACAUAGACACAGAGGCAAAGCCGGAGGUCAAAAGUCGCAACUCGAAGGUCAAGAAAAAGGGCAGCAGCGCUGCAGGGAUCCUUGACCUGCUGCAGGCGAGCAAACAAGUGGGUGGGAUCGACUACAGCACCAACAGGUAGACUGAGCUCCCUAACGCCUUAUUUUUCUUCUCUUUCACUCCAUUACCCUCAGCACUAAUUGAACUUCUACUCCUAAACAUUCAUCUACACUACAUGCGCAGCAUUACUCUGUAAAUGGCUCCCGCUGGACCUCUUGUCUUCACGGUACAUGAACUUCAGGACUUUUGCUCCUUAAUGGGGCAGCUCGCUGACAAACAAACGGCCGGCUCAACGACAAGUUAAUUGGAUGAAAAAGAUUAAUUUUUUAACUUGGCUGGGAGCUGAAAAAUUAACCGUCAACUGAAGCAACAGUUUGCGUAGAAUCUGUCAGCAGUUUGUGUCAAGUCAGUGUUUGUUUCAUCCUGCCUCGAUCGAUCAAACGUUACGUGGCUCCAGGCUCUUCCCUUCGCCUUUCGCUGUUUGCUGUUUUGUUCAGCUCUUGAUGGUCUAUUUCCACCACACUGAAAGCUAUAAAUGAGCAAUGAAAGAAAGAAGGAAAACAUUGGCAGCGAUAUUUUAAUUUCUCAAACUGUUUUCGCUGCUUUGAAAAGGAAACUCUGUGGGUGCAGGGAAUGACGCAACCACAUGUUUGAUCAUCGCUUUGCUCACUGUUAGGCAGCUGAUAGCUGUGUGGGUGUGUGUGAGUGUGUGUGUGUGUAGAUUCUUUAGUGGGCUCCUGAAGUACAAUCAUCCAUUAAGAUCCAGAUUUAAGAUCUAGUAUGUGUUUUUUUAUUCCGCAGCUCCCUGCCAAUAACAAUUGUUAACAGCACAACCGGUGGAAUUAACAUUGAUUUACAGACGCUUUUCAUUGAUUUCUUACACUCUACUCCUCUGGCAGCGUGUUGACUGCUGUGUAAUGGCUGUGUUGUUGUGUAUUUUUUAUUGACGUACUUACAGUCAGCCACCUGCAUCUCCCAGCACACAGGAGGCCAUUCAGGGCAUGCUGUCCAUGGCCAACCUGUCGUCUUCAGACAGCUUGCAGCAGCCGUGGAGCAACAGCCAGUCCAAAAACAAUAGCCAGUCAAAGAGCAACUCCCACGGCACGCAAGGUAGCAAAAAGUCCGGCGGCGGAGGAGGCGGAGGCGGCGGCAGCAACAACAGCAAGCGACCCACCAAACGGCUCCCGAAGAAACCCAGGAAGAGCAGCAGUAUUGAGAGUCUGGACUACGACGACGAGCAGGAUCAUAUGGACGCAUGCUUCAAGGAUUCAGAUUACGGUAAGUGGGGCUGUAAUCAACCAAAGAAAUUCUUUGUCGACUAAAACCCUGAAAUAUUUGACUAAAAAUUGACUUAUUGGGGAGGGGGUCUGACUCUGACAGCAAACCCAUCUGUGGCAGGGGUCAACGCAGAAGGGUUUGGGUGAAAAUAUACUGACGUCAGUACGACAAGAUGGCAGUUAAACACAAAGGGCUAAAAUAUAAAUAUUCAGCAAACCACCAGACGUUGACUAACGUGGACACUCUUCAAUCUUCCUGUCUCCAGUAGGUUGGGUGAAUCCAAAAUGGUGAAAACAAGGGGGGUGUUCUGAGACAGGCUGUUACCUGUGAAACAGGGGCGCUCUGAAAACACCCCCAUUAGCACUUGGUACGUUCCUCCUGAUUAAAUUAACCAUAGUCUGUAAAGUGACGCGGAAAAUAAUUUUUGGUUGACUCAGCACGUAUUGACCAAUAAGUCAACCGGUUGACAAAGAUAGUGAAGGGAAGAACAGGUCUUAUGACUCUACUAAAUCUUUAGAAGCCGUUCAUUAAAAUGAUUCAUUCAAAAGAUUCGUUCACAGAGUCAGUGCUUCGGAGCCCCAUCAUGCCGGGUGCAGCACACGAGUGAGUGACACAGCGGCGCCGAUUGGGAGUUCCUUCAUUGAAUGAGCCCCUACCUUCUCCUGCUGCUAAAGUCACAAUGUCAUUCACUGGGUGACACAUGUCGUUCAUUUACCAAGUCAUGAGGGAACAAUCAUUCCCCUGCCCUGAAAAACUCACCUCUGUUUGUCGCCGACAGUUGCGUCGCAUCACGACGCGAGUGAAACAACACAGCAGCAAGCAGCACGCUUGCUAAACAAGCGCGAGUUGUCAUUGUUUUAUAUUGCAGAAAAGUGGAGAGACUAAAAAUAAACAAACAUCGCAGCUGUAGUGGGGAUUCUGAUACUUUUAAAGAUAUCAAAUAGCAUGAUAUUUGCUUGUUGCUCAGCAGUUCGUGAACGAGGCUACGCCCCUCCUUCCUCUGCCUGCCUCAAGUCAUUCGCGAGUCUUUCGGAAGUCGUCCGUUUCAUUUGCAGUCUGACUGAUACAUGUCGUUCAUUCACUGUGAGCAAAUCAUGAGACUCCGCCUGCCCGCUCCCUGGCUGGCUGUAUGUCGUUCCCAAAAGAGUCAAAGACGGCAGUUCCACUCCCGACAGGCACGCCAAGCUCGCGGCUGAGCUCAGCUGAACUGAGUAAGGGUACGAAUCAGGUCUUGGAGUGAUUCCAUUCACGUCGUUCACUCAGUAGUUCCGUUCUUUUGAGCGAAUCACUCAUGAAUGACACAACACUAUUCACAGCCCUAAUGGUAAGCAGUACAAGCUGAUUCAUCCCUUUGGUUCCUGUUUUAUUUGACUUUAAAGAGUCUGCAGCCGAGCGGAGCGGGCUGAGGUCAGGCCGGUGUCACAGGGUUACUUUUUGAGCAAAUGAAUGAGAAAAUAAUUAUCUGCCGUGCCUGGUUCUCAGUGCUGCUAACAGGUGCUGUUAAAAACACAUUGCCCUGCUGAUGGAUCAACAUGUGGGUCUUUAAUUCUAAAUUUGGCCGGGAACUUUUCAUUAGAACUUGAUGAAAUGCUUUAUGUUUAUUUUGAGUGCAUUCUGUCCAAAUCCGGCCUUUCUUGUUACUCCAAUUUGUAAUUUUUUCCCUCUAAAACAUUUUCUUUGUGAAGCCUGUCCAAACACAUGUGUGGACCCUCCCAGCUUGUUAAUAAGCCAUUAACACGAGUCCCUGAUUGUUAUUUUACAUGCUUUUUGAACUCCUAAUUGGUGUCUAAUUAGUUGUUCAUAGCACGAACAUACCCGCUCUGAAAACUUCAGGCCUGCACACAACUUUUUUUCCAUUGGCACUCUUUUGUUCUUCUGUAAACGGCCUUUUUUUUUUUUUUUAAAUCAUUCAAUUAUUGGCUAUUUAAAGGUCUGGAUUGAAAUGGUUGUCCAGGCAGGAAAGACAGGACUAGUCCACAGCUGUUUUACAGCUGUCCUGCACACUGUCACUGGAAACUUUGAACAUGUUUGAUGCACAGAAAGCAGAGAUAAGUGCAUUGAUGCUCAACAUAUGUGAAAAUAAUAACCCAGUCCUCUCAGUACAGUCAGCUCGUGCAUGACAUGUUAGUAAUGGGUGACAUCUUUUGUUUUAGUCUAUCCUUCUCUGGAGUCUGAAGAGGAUAAUCCUGUGUUCAAAUCCAGAUCGAAAAAACGGAAAAGCAGUGAUGACACUCCAUACAGCCCGACAGGUAAAUACCAUUUAAGGUCUAUACGUUUGGGUUAAUGAUCCGAGUGUGUUGUAAAAUCUUCCAUGUGUGUUAUCACAGCACGGGUAGGACCCUCAGUCCCACGACAGGAGCGGCCCGCAAGGGAUGGAGCCAGAGUGGCCUCCAUCGAAACAGGACUGGCAGCAGCUGCAGCAAAGCUUUCCCAUCAGGUACCGUAAGCCAGGAAUCUAUUUUUACAACAAACAGUUACUAUUUCUGUAAGACUUGCUCAACAGAAAUAUAUACGUCAACAGGAGGAGCAGCAGAAAACCAAGAAGAAGAAGAAAAGCACCAAAAAGAAGGCAAUAGUAAUUGAGGAGCCCCAGAGAAUCUCUCAGGACAGCAGCUCGCCGGAUCACAAUAUGGACUCCCAUGACAGCAGUCCGAUAGACCACGAGUUCAGCACUGGGACAGUGAAGUCACCGGGGGGCCCACAGCCCAUGGCACCAGGGGUCUUUCUCAGCCAGAGGCGACCGUCCAUGUCCUCUCCCAACAACAGCACCAACUCAUCGAGCACCAACAGCAGCAGUAUGGCCAAGGGAGACCGAGGGGGCUCAGCAGAGGCAAAAGGUGAGCUGUACUGAAAACAAUGACAGGAAAAAACAUGUACACCAGUGGACCUUAUUUCCACGGUAGUGUGGAGUCACAAUCAGGUUGGGGAGCUUAAAUAUGAUUCCAGGUCCUGAGCCACGUAAACUGUAAUAACUGGACAAACUGUGACCAUUUUACAGAUGGUAAAGACAGACAGAGGCUGGCUGACGCUUAAAGGGAUAUUCCGGCGUAAAAUUAAGUUAUGGUCAAACACACCAUAACACCGUGUGAGGCAACCCCCCCAAGAGAUGAAUACUGCCGACUGCUUGCUUCUCUAGUUAUACCAACUUUAGUAACGACCUCUUAGCACGUUAGCAACACACAGCGGUCUACGUCUCCACGCGCAAACUUCAACCAAAACGCCACUCUAUAGCCACAAAUAAUGUUCAGAACAGCACCUAACUUCAUCGACAGUACAUAUAGGGUCCCAGCCAUAGUGCUAGCCAUCAAACAUCUUUUUAACUUUGCUUGAUUUCUUUAGCUAAGAGACCAAACACAACUCACCCACUCUCCUCCAGCAGCCGCUUAUCUGUGGGGGAGCCCUGACGAGUCGAUCACCGAGUGCAGCUGAGUUUUAAAAGAAGAAAGAAGAAAAUUUAUGAUUAUUACUUCACGGAAAUGCAAUCAGAACAAGACAAUAAGGCAGAAGAACUACCGCGUCUGCAGAGUAAAAUGAUUAUUAUGAUGAUUAUUACUUCAUGGAAAUGAUCCCCUGCCUAUGUCUAACUCUGGGGUGUCUAACUCUGUGUUACGGUGUGUUUUGACCAUAACUUAAAUUUUCGCAGGAAUAUCCCUUUAAAGUUGAAAAAUAUAUUGAACAACCUGUUAGCCAACAUCAAAGCACACUGCAUGUUAAUAUUCAGAAGUCUCCUGGUAAAGAUUCAUGUGUAAAUUUCACAGAUACAAAGGAGAAGGAGCAAAAUGAUUACUGUACAGAUGACUAUUUUGGACACACUAAUGCUACUCAUGUUGCCAUGGUAACAGCUGCUUUCAAGUGUUGUAAAGUUUGACGGUUUUUCAGAUUAGACCGGCUAAUCUCAUGGUGAAUUUUAUUUACUGUGGAGAUCAUUUGACUGACAUCUCAUAAUUGUAAAAGAACUAAUGACAAUCUGCUCAGCUUUACUUGAGUUCAUAAUGUUUUUGCAAAUGUCAGAAGACGUUUGCACGCAGGCACCUCUUUGCUAAGUACGGCCUCACUGAGCUGCUAGCAUGGCUGCCAACUAUAAGUCUUGUUAUCUGAGAAAGCAUUUCAAAUUUAUAAAGAUAGAAACAGAGAUUUUUCCCUUUAAUGUCUCUCCUGGAAAUAAUUAUGUUCAGUUAGUCGGCUUUCAGUGAAUUGAUUUCAAGUAACUGCUUGAAUGAGCCACAGGGAGUUAAAUGGAGCAGAUCUUUCACAGAAAUUUCCCUGCAUUAGUUUAAAACUAUUCACUUCUUUCAAGGAAAUAUCUAAAGCAAUUGUUCCAGGGAAAAGUGAUGAGAAUGAAAUGAGUGCUCUGUUAUUGCUGGCAGCUGCUUCCAUUACGUGUGCAUGGUAUAUAAAUCUGUGAGGGUAGAUUUGUGCUGUCCUUUAUCGAUGAUUGGUGCUGCAGAUAAUGUGAAGAAGGAAGAUUUUAAGGUGAACCAGGUCCUCAGAGAGGAAACAGAAGUAAACAUGAAUGCACUGUGCAUCUGAUGAAAUGACUUAAAAUGACUACAAACCCUUUUUUAUAUGGAAGAGUAACUUUUUUCACUUAUCCGUGUGUCUUCAUUGUUGAUCUCUAUAAACAACAAAGAGGAGAUGGAGUACAAAUGACCUGUCUUUAAGCUAGGACUGGGCGAUUAUAUGAUCGUGAUGAAUUUCACUAUGAGCACGCUGAUCAGCUGGGAGCAUAUUUACUUGAUCAAACACAAAUGGGCAUGACAACAGCCAAUCAGAGUCAAGCUUUUCCUGCUCACUUCUGCAAGUUGCCGGAGAAGUAAACAGAAUGACCGAAUGUGGCGCUAAAGGCAGAGCUGAGGGCAGCAAAAUAGAUGUCAGCCGAAAAGUAGAUGUGAGAAGAAAAGUUAUUCAAUGUCCGUUGUGUGGUGGUUCGCAUAUCUCCGAUUGACGUAGAGCAAUUAAGUAGGGGUAGGAGACACAAUCGGUACAGCAUAGUAUUGCGAUAUUUUGUCUGGUGAUGUAUCGUAUUGUCUCAAUUGAUUUUUCAAUCAAUUGCUAAUAUGAAUUCAAAUCUAUGAUAAUGGAAAAAUAAAAUCAACCAGUGAGGUUGGCAGAGGUGACAUCAUAGAGCAGGGGAAAGUUAGUGCAACAGAUAUAUAAAUUUGCAAGAUGUGCUCCAUGAAAAUAUAAUAUAUUGUAUCGCAGUACUCACUGUAUUGCAAAAUUUUUAAAAAUCACAAUGAUAUCAUAGCGUGGCCCAAGUAUCAUAGUAAUAUCGUAUCGUGGGGCCACUCGUGAUUCCCACCCCUACAAUUAAGCCGAUGUGCAAGGUAUGCUGGCCUUCAAAAACCAGGAACACAACAGAUCUGUUUAAUCGUUUGAAGAAUUACUUCCUGAGUGAUUAAGCAUGAAAAUGUGAGCGAGGUCUGUACAGCCUGUCGCUGCUGACGGCACAAGUAGCAUUAGCAGUUUAGCCACAAUUAGCGGUGCAGCCACCAGACCAAAGCAGCAACUAGUCGUAUCAUCUACCUUUACAUCGUCUAAUGUUUACAUUUUAAGGCAUCGCCAUUAUCCUGAGGGGGCGAUUUGUUGAUUUUGGGUCUUACAUACCUGCAAAAACACUCAGGACUGUAAACUAGUUCACUUUACUAUUUAAUAUUUCUUUACAUUUGUUGAACUGUUGAGUUAAAAUGUUUUUUAUAGUUUUUUAAGUUUAUCUUAUUUAAUUUGCUUUUUUAUUUACUUUGUAUGUUAAUAAAAUGUUGAACUAAUCUCUAGUUUCUUUAGUUUUUAGUACAGAUGCUUUAAAACUGGCAGUUUAAAAAAAGUUUAAAACCGUCAUAAUAAUUGAGAUCAGAUGAUGUGACAAAAUACUGUGAUCUUUUUUUUUUGCCAAAUCGCCCAGUCCUACUUUAAGCUCUGAUGCACUUUUUGACCAGUUUUAGGAUUAAGGCUUUUCUCUGGCCAGGCAGGAGUUACAACACAUGUCACAGCUUCAUUGUGGUGCUACUGUUAGUUUAAUGAUGGUUGCAGUGUCCUGGAGAAGAAGACUCACAGCUUGCAGAUACUUGAGUGAAUAAAGCCCAACUUAUUUUUUUAUGGUAGUCAUUUUGGGGGCGGGAGGAUUUUUUCCUGUGAAAAUAAAUGGUUGGAAAAUAAAAUGUCAGAGUGGGAGCGCUUAUGUUCCAGCUGGACGUCUUAUCUUAUCUCCUGUCUUUCCUUGUUGUCUUCACAGCUAAGCGGCUAAAGAAAGGCAUGGCUACGGCCAAACAGAGACUCGGAAAGAUUUUAAAGAUCCAUCGAAACGGAAAGCUCCUCCUGUAGCACGCAGCAGACUGCUGUAGGACUGGGAAUUCAUGAGCUGGGUCCCAUCCCAACCUCACCCCUGUUCACUGAAUAAAGCCAACAAUGAGGAGAAAAAAUGAAAAUCAUGCAUUUUUCAAUUUCUAAGAAGAACAUCACUCAAAUAGGUUUUUGCCUCUACUUAUACUUUAUAACUUUCAGAUAUUGAAGUGUACAGAACCUACUAUAAAUAUUUUUUAAGAGAACAUGUCUCAUUUUACUACAGCUGUCAGUUUAUCAGGGGUUGCUAAAACAUGAAGUAGAAGUACAUUGCAGUCAUUCCAAGAUUUGUGAAAGUAUCCCUUGCAUGUAUUCAGUUGCAUGUGCGCUUGGGUCAGGGUUUGGGGAUUUUACACUUUAAUUCCUGCUAAAUGGAUGCAGCUUAUCAUGGCCACACAGGUGACGAAAAAAGGAAAGCAGUUUGAAUUCAACUCAAGCAUUUAUCUCUUUAUGUUAUAACACUUUGUUUGCAGAGCACUAUCAACGGUGGUAUUUAUUUAUUGGGGCUGUGUCAUAGAUAGGAAGUAUGUGGCUUCAUGCAACAACUGAAAAGCACAAAGCGAAUCAAGCGGCGGUGGCGGCGGCAGAAUCAGGAUGUUUGUUUCUGCGGUAUAAGAUGAGAUAACAUAGGAGGCCGAGUGAAUAGGAUUUAAGCAUAGGAACGUGUAGCUAAUGAUAAGCCUCAUCCAUGUCAGGUCUGCAGUUACAUGGGGAUACUUUCUCUCUUCUUUUGCUUUCACAGGCAGCACCGCCUCCCUGUAGACUCCUCUCUGCAUUUUUACAGCUUCACACAGAACAGUAUAUAGAAUGUAGCUUGUACAUAGCCUUUUAAAUUACUACUUUUUGUAUCCUUUUCCCUUAAGGCUUAAUUCUACAUUUUUACUGGUUUUGCUAAUUAUGAAUAAAUAAAUAAAUACAUAUAUAUGGUUAUACAAUAAAGUCCUAAUUUUUAAACUUUUAUUUCCUCGUUUUUUUUUUGUUUUUUUUUUUUAAUUGCAGAGAUUCAUUUUGUAUUAUUUUCCCCCCUGUUAGAUAAAAAGGUGUUGCCUGGAAAACAAUUGAAGAUAUAAUACAUUUUAUUGUCAUAUGGCCUUACAUACACAAAGCUAAUUGUAUUGUGAUUCUGUUUGAACAAGAGACGAAGCUUUGGGGUGAAUUAUAUAAAAAGGAAAAGAAAAAAAAAAAAAACACUUAAAGUUUCUAUGACCAGCCUCUUGUUCCAGUUCUAGUAUCCUGAAGGGUUUCGGAAUUAUUUUACUAGCACCUUGUGAAGUGUUUAUGUGUCAGUGAUGUAAUUUAUUAAUGUUUGUAGCUUUUUUAUACUUGUACAAUUCUUAAGAGUUUUUUGUUUUUGAAUAUUUCAUCAUCUUGUAAAAUUACCCUUAGAGGAAAGUUUUUUUGUUUUGUUUUUUUUUUUCUGUUCUUUUGGGACGUUUUCAUUCGGUUUUUUGGAUGUGUGUGUUCGGGGGGCAUCAUGAAACAUGUUACGCACUAGAAUCGAGUUUAGCAGACUUUUUUCUUUAACCUCCAUUCUGUUUUCAUUCAUUGUCUAUGGUAUCAUGAUACACUUUUCCAAUGUGACAUGUAUUAUUAUUAUUAUUAUUAUUGUUAAUAUUAUAAUUAUAAGCAACUGCGUCCACGCCUCCAUCACACUGUUUCAUUUGGUCAGGACAUUUUGAACACAGUCUAAUGUGCUAUUCUCUAUAGCAGUCAGUGUGUUAGCCACAGAUGUAAACCAUGUGUCCACUUUUCAGAUACAGUAUGAGAUGCGCUCCGAUCAAACUCUGCCAUUGGGACAUGCUGUAUUUUCAGGUUUUUUAUUUUGACGAUAUGUGUGUUGCUUUGUUGUGGUUUAUUUUUGUAUGUCUGACUUAUUAAAUGCAUCCACUGUGCCAGGACAGUGAAUGAUACCUGUUGUAGCUGUCUUCCCUUACUGUUAUUUACAGUACUAGUAAGUAUUUACAACCCUUUUUGACCUGAAUCUAUAUUUUUCUGUAUUUAGAUGAUUUUCUUUGAGAUCAUGGCUCACUUUUUUAAGACAUCCAGAAAUGGCAGAUUCUGAGGAACAAACAUAUUGUUAUUGAAUGAUAUGAUUGUCAGCCUUGUUUACUUUUGCAAUACAGUUACUGUGGAAAACCUACUUUGUAAUGUGUCCCUCAUCCACCUGCAAUGUGAAGGCUUCUGUGGUGACAACUAAACAUGUUUUUCCUGCUCCACAUUGUCAUGCUUUGUAGUUGCAUCAAAUCCAACAUCACACUGAUUACGAGCCAAUCGGGCUCUUUUGUUACGUCAGCCAGAAAAUUAGCCUCUGGACUCACUUUGGGAUCUGGUCUCCUGGAGUUUCAGCAGCUGCUUUAGCCAAGUCAUUCAUUAAAUCCAAGCCAAAGGCAUCUCCAUUUAAAAUCUAUUAACAUUAGAGUACUGGAAAGGGGCUUCUUUCCUUUUUCACCAUCCCAGGCAAGUGUUGCAAUGUUGAGACAUGCACAGAGUUUGAACAAGACAAAAAUGCUGUGUGACAUCUACGUUAGGCCCUGAUCUUCAGGAAACACAAACAGUUUGAAGCUCUCGAGCAACAGCAGGACUGUGCCACUAGAUGGAGUCCAGCUAUACAUGAAUACUGCAGCGUAUGCACGGUCCUACCCAAACUAAAGCAAUAACCAAGCAGGCCACAAGUUCUGGACUCACAUAAACCUUUACAAGGUUUUUUCUUGAUGUCAGUUACAUCCAGAUUUUAUUCACAUAAAUAUAGUGGAGAUUUAAAAAAAAAGGAGAUUUGUAGGAAAUUAGUUUCGGCAUAUUUAUAGAUUCAGAUCUCUGACAAAAAUAAGUGAAUAAAGCCUUAAUUCAAGACUGGAGACAUAAAUAGGAAAGUCAUGUGAAGCCGUCAGACAUUUUAACGUUUGUUUCUUGUUGUUUUAAACCUGGCCUAAAAAAAACCACACAUCUGGACACCACUGAUUAAAAACAAAAAAAUAAAUAAAACACAUGCACUGCUCUUUACUGGAAUCCUGCAUUUCCCUUUAGCUGAUGUUUGAGUUUAAUUUCUUAAUCAGUGUGAGUGUGUGUGUGUGUGCGUGAGUGGAUCAGGUCUGAAGGGGUGCAGGGAAGCCACGCAGCUGUUAAAGGUUGCGACCCUGCUUCCACCCUGGUUAGCAUCAAAGUGAGUUGUUAUUGUUAGCUAAUUGUUAACACAAGAACGUGAAGUGCUCCGACAUCAGCAAAUGAAACAAUCACAUAAUUUGUCCUCUCUGAAACUGUUUCACGCACAGACACGAAAAAGGAGCUCGCACCGGGAUGAAAGUAGGACACAGACCGAGACUUAGGACCAAAGAGUUUUCAAGGGGACACUUCUUUUAAGACCUGAACCUAAACCACAAGUAGAAGGGGAUUUGAAUUCACUUGGAUUUGGUAACACCGACACUCCUCCUCCAUAUGACAAUCAUAGAAAUUAAAAUUAUUAUAACGCGCUCAAUAAGUUUUUGCUGUGCGCUUUUGUAACUGGAUUUAAGUUGUGGGAAUCCAGAUGUGUUAUGAAACCCGUCGUUCAAAAGACACUUGUUAGUUUUGCAUGAAGGUGCAUUAAGACAUAUCUUCAUAAGACAUGAUAUUCAGUGUAUAGUCUUUGCUUUAAGUUGUUAUAAAUGCUUUUAACCACUUACAAUGCAUGAGUGAUGCUUUAUAAAUGUGCUUAUGAGUAUGAGUGGUAGGUUUUUAUUAAGUAUGAUAGGCUGUGGGAAUUAUAGAGAUUGGAUAAGAUAAGAUACUCCUUUAAUAGUCCCAUGGGGGGGAAUUCCAAAAUUACAGCAGCAUAAAUACAAAAAGUGAAAUUAAAGGAUAACUUGGAGUUAAAAAAAAGAUAUGAACAUGAGUCUAAUUCAAGAUUAUCAUCAGUUUACAAUUAGUUUUACACGGUAUGAUCUUUCUCUUAACAAUGACAGCAAAUGCAAAGGAGACCAGUCGGACGAACACCCAGAGAAAAUUCAGCUGCGAAAUUUUUCAUAUAGUCUAUUCACAGAACCAGAACUUCUUCAUUUUUCAAACUAGUUUAAUACAAACUCGCAUUACUUUUACAGAUCGUGUAAAAAAUUGAGCAAGAAAUCUCCAAAAAUGGUUAUCUGCACCGGGUGAUUUUUAUAUGAUGGUUAAAAACUUCAAAAUGUGUACAGGGCUCAGCAUAAAUGACCUUUAGUUUCCUUUCAGACUAUACAACAAACUACUCCCUAAAUGUAGGCCUAUGAUUCCGACGAGAUUUUUUAAGUUGCAUCCAAAUAAGUUUUUUUUUUUUUUUU